AUGUGUCGAUGGUUUGCUUAUAUCGGUGAAGAACCUAUUCUUCUCGAAGAUAUUCUCAUCAAACCAAAACAUUCAAUUAUUAAACAAAUCGAUGUACAUUUUCUUCCAAACCUUCAUGUUAUUUACGAUCCUCAUUUAUAUCGAAAAAAAUUCAGCUCAGAUGUAGCAUCUGAUGAACAUGGUCCAAAUCAUUUCACAAAUGUGGAUGGAUUUGGUUUAGGUUAUUAUACUGGUGUUGCUGCUGAGUUCAAUAACGAUAAUAUAAAUAGACCAUGUGUCUACAAGAAUGUUCGUCCACCACUCAACGAUCUCAAUCUGAUUUCCUUAUGUGCUCAUACGUCAUCGAAAUGUGUAUUUGCACAUAUUCGUGCUGCUACUAGGUUGUCACCAAUAGUCGAAACAAAUAAUCAUCCGUUUGUCUUCGGUCGAUAUUUGUUUAUGCACAAUGGAUCGGUGGCGAAUUUUUUGAACAUCAAGAUUGCUCUUGUACAAAAGUUAUCUGAAAAUGCUUAUAGAAAUAUAUUUGGAACAACAGAUACGGAACAUGUUGCUGCACUUUUCUUUACACAUUUGGGAAAUGAUUGGGAUACAGAAUUACCAAUGGAAAACCUCAAGAAUGCUAUGAUAAAGACUCUUCAAGAUAUACUUACUUUGAUUCAAGAGAGUGCAAAGGACAUGGAUGAAACACUUCCACAGAGUAAUCUUAACUUUGCUGUGACAGACAGUUGUCAAUUACUUGCCACUCGAUUUUCGUCAAUGGACGAGUUUGAGCCUCCUUCUUUAUAUUAUUCGACUACAGCUGGACCUACCUUUAAUCGAAAAUUUCCAGAUCAUCCUGAUGGAAAAGAAGUUGGAAAGGAAGCAACACAAGCUACUCACAAUCACGGAAAACAUGUUAUUGUAGCAAGUGAACCAAGCACGUAUAAAACAAAGGAUUGGUAUUUGAUACCAUCGAAUUCAUUCAUUCUCAUUGGCAAAGAUUUGAAUGUUGUAAUUGAAAAAAUUGACUUGUAA